CCUUUGGCCCGGGUCCGGCUGGUGCCGCCCGAUCCGCGAGACCGACCCCCGGGCCAGGCCGGGGCCUCCCGCCGGCCCGGGUCCCCGCGCGCGGCCGGCUCUGAGGCGCUGGCUGCGGCAGGGCCGGGCCGGGCCGGGCGCGGGUGGCUGUCGCUUCCCGAGCUCGGCAGGCUCGCCCUGGGUCCCUGGCGCGGUCAGCGCAUAACGGCCCCCAGGGCGGCUGAGGCUGCGCCUGGCCGCUGCGGGACGCGCCCCUCCCCCGAGCGUGGCGAAUGGCUGGCACUGUGCUUGGGGUGGGGCCAGGAGUAUUUAUCUUAGCGCUGCUCUGUGUCUUGAUGUUGCUGCUCUGCAUGCUGUUAUCCAGGACCUCUGGUCUUGCAAGAUUCUCUGUCAUUAUGGUUUUCUUUUCUGCUGUGAUCAUUAUGUUGGUUCUGUUACUUUUCCCUCGUGCCAGUGAGUUCCCAGCACCAGCUACAGAAAUGAAGAUCGUGGACACCUUCUUUAUUGGUCGCUACGUCCUGGUCUCUCUUCUCAGUGUGACGUUUCUAGGAAGCCUGUUCCUGGUUCUGGUUCACCAUGUCUUGGAGCCAGUGUAUGCUAAACCACUCCGAGUUAAUUAGCUAUUAUGAAGAAGGGAAUUCCCCAUGCUCCAAAGCAGACAAGUCACCAGUUGGGUAAAGAAAAUAUGCUCUCCAAAUCUCUCCAGAAGCCUUUCUUCAAGUGAUGUUAUGAUACCUACACUGACUUCCAGAAUCAGCAUCUGCUUUCUGAGGCCCUGGCAUCUCCAGAAUGAAGUUGUAGAAUGUGUAUGCUUUGGACUGGAUAAUUACCAAGAGCUGCUUCUGUGUUUUUUGAAGCUGAGAACUGUUUCCUGGCAGAGACAGGCCUGCUUACAGACUUCAUCAUGUGUCUCCAGUAUUUGUUUCCAGGGGUAUAUCUAUGAUCUCUGUUCUAUGGAAAUUCAGCUGCUCUUGCUUCUCCUAUGCCUCAUCUACAGUUACAGUUCUGUCUGAAACUUCCUAAAAGAUCUGAUCCUUACCCGAACCACUGGUGUCUAAAAGUCAGGCUGGACAUCUUCCCAACAUAGGAGGUGGUGCAGAAUGCCAUGAUGGAGGCCCGUGCUGGUGCUUUUGGCUGAAAGUGGGAUGUGUGCAAAUACAUAAAUAAAAAGAGGAACUGAACUUGGAGGCUUUAGCCCAGUUCAGUUUGAACUGUGGGUGUCAGAAGUUUGGGUUGGCUUACUUUGUGUUGGUUUACCUGUCCCUGCUGUUUUUGUCAUUGUAAUCAUUCUUGAAACACCUGAGAAAUGAUUUCAGAGGCGGAAGCAACUGUAGAGGGUAAACUCAUGGGAAAGUGAGAUCCUAUUUUUAUGGCAAUAAAGAAGCAGGAACAGGAACAACCAAAUAAUGUUUCUCAGUUUCUCUGGCUUAGAAAGCACUGACGUGGCAAUUCAAAUGUGUUGCUUAUGCCCAGCUCUGAAUCCAGGGGCUCUUUCAGCGACACUCUGGCACAAGCAAAUGCAUCCAUGUUGCCAUUCUUGAGCUCGCUGUGAACCGGGGUUUACUUUGCCUCCUCUUUGUUCCCUUGGAGGGGAUUGUGAGCUCCACUGUGUAGGGAGCUGAAUGUACAUGUCACUAGAUAUUCCCACCAGCAUUUCAGGGGGGAAAACCUGAUGCAGAAGGUGGAGCCACUGAAGGGAUUUGAAGGGAGGAUGGAGAUGGCACCUAGGGACAGAAUGGUUGGAACAGAUGGGGGAACCUCUCCCACAUGCUCUUCUGGGGGCUGAGGCGAUCUGGCCCUGAGCCCAGUGCAAGAGUGAAGUUUUGAAAAGCAGCUUGCAUAAAAACAUAACAUUUGAAAAAUGCUGCAGGAGGAGGCAGUGGAGGAAACUGUAGGACACACCACUUUCCAUGCAUGACUAGGUUACCUGGCACCAAACUUUUACUGUAAUAAAAACCAUCUUUGGGCUGGGAAUUGGGCCUGAGAAAUUGUAGCCCAGAUGGUAUUUUUUCUCAGAUGCAUUCAAAGCCCUGUAUAAUGUAUGUGCCACCUUAGACACUUCCCUAACACCCAUGGCACUUGGCAAAAACAGCGGUUGUGUAGCUAGAGCAUUUUAAUAAAGAAAUCACACAUUCA